AUGGCGAAGGAACCAGUUCGUGUUCUUGUUACCGGAGCUGCAGGACAAAUCGGAUAUGCUCUUGUUCCUAUGAUUGCAAGGGGGAUAAUGCUUGGAGCAGACCAGCCUGUGAUCCUCCAUAUGCUUGAUAUCCCUCCAGCAGCAGAAGCUUUGAACGGUGUCAAAAUGGAGUUGAUUGAUGCUGCUUUCCCACUUUUGAAAGGUGUGGUGGCUACAACCGAUGCCGUUGAGGGGUGUACUGGUGUCAAUGUUGCUGUCAUGGUUGGUGGAUUCCCAAGGAAGGAAGGAAUGGAGAGGAAGGAUGUCAUGUCCAAGAACGUUUCCAUUUACAAGUCUCAAGCUGCUGCCUUGGAAAAGCAUGCUGCACCAAACUGCAAGGUUCUGGUUGUUGCAAACCCUGCAAACACCAAUGCAUUGAUCUUGAAAGAAUUUGCACCUUCGAUUCCAGAGAAGAACAUUACUUGCUUGACCAGGCUUGACCACAACAGGGCUUUGGGACAGGUCUCUGAGAGGUUAAGUGUGCCAGUGUCUGAUGUCAAGAACGUGAUUAUCUGGGGAAACCACUCAUCAACCCAAUACCCAGAUGUCAACCAUGCUACCGUCAAGACUUCUUCCGGAGAGAAGCCAGUGCGUGAGCUAGUCAAGAACGACGAGUGGUUGAAUGGAGACUUCAUCAGUACCGUUCAACAACGUGGAGCUGCCAUUAUCAAGGCCAGGAAGCUGUCUAGUGCACUCUCUGCAGCAAGCUCCGCUUGUGAUCAUAUCCGUGAUUGGGUCCUUGGAACCCCUGAGGGCACAUUUGUUUCAAUGGGAGUAUACUCAGACGGAUCUUACAACGUUCCAUCUGGACUCAUCUACUCUUUCCCUGUAACCUGCCGUAAUGGAGAGUGGGCUAUUGUUCAAGGUUUACCGAUUGAUGAAGUAUCAAGGAAGAAGAUGGAUUUGACAGCAGAGGAGUUGAAGGAAGAGAAGGACCUCGCUUACUCAUGCCUCUCGUAAACCGGUUUUUUCUCAGCUGGUUGAAUCGAAAUGAGAGAGCUUUGUUUCGAAUAAAGAACUUUGUUAUAAAAAAAAAAAGAACUUUUUGAUUUGAUAAACCUCUUGAGGUUUUAGUUUUCUUGAUUUCCCGAUGUGUCAGCGCUGAUUUGCUGACCAUAUAUAAUAAACAUGUAUUUUGAUCAUUGAUUGAUCUCUUCUGGUUUCAGUUUUUGUUCUUCAACUUUGUCAGAC